CAGCGAAGAGGAGCGAGCGGGAGAGAGAGAGAGAGAGAGAGGGGCGCCGGCUGCCUGCCUCCCAGGAUGGCGGAGUGAACGAACGAGCGAGCGAAGGAAGGAAGGAAGGAGGGGAACGCGGAGGAUUUAGCGGGCGCUGAGAAUUCUUCAUCAGCUUAGAACGCCAGCCCUCCUCUCGGAAAUGUCGGGGAAGAUCGAGAAGCAAGACUCCCAGCGCUCCCACCUCACGACUUUCACCAUGAAGUUGAUGGACAAGUUUCACUCUCCCAAGAUACGGCGGACUCCGUCAAAGAAGGGCAAACAGCUGCAGCCCGAGCAGCCUGUGAAAGCCGCCGAGAAGCCCGUGAAGAAGACCCUCAGUCGACUGGAGGAGCAGGAGAAGGAGGUGGUCAGCGCGCUCAAGUAUUUCAAAACCAUCGUCGACAAGAUGGUGGCCGACAACAAGGUGCUGGAGAUGUUGCCGGGCUCUGCCUCCACGGUGCUGGAGACCAUCCUUCCCCUGGUCCAGAUCGAUCCCCGCAUCCAGCACAGCAAUGCAGUGUCAUCCUGCCUGAGCGGUGUUUGCCAGAGCCUCGCCAAGCUGAUCCAGUGGUCUGAUGAAGUGAUGCUGGAGGGCUUGAAGCUCGAGGACAAGGAGGCCGUGCUCAAAGUGACGGGGAUGAUCAAGGCGGUGCUCGAUGGCGUGAAGGAGCUCGUGAGGUUGACGAUAGAGAAGCAGGAGCAGCCGUCGCCCGUGUCUCCGGUGAAGCCCAGCAUGCCAGUCUGCAACUCCGAAAGCACGGCUGAGCAUCACCUGACUGACCGGGAGAAGGACGUCUCGCACAAGAGCCCCCCGGUGGCACAGCCGACGGAGAUCACGCUCGAAAUGUCUGACGAGAACCUGGCCCCACCCAAACCGCCACUGCCUGGCAUCAAAGUCAACGAGCACAGCCCUCCAGCUCUGCCUCCAAAAAAGCGACAGUCGGCUCCGUCCCCCACCAGGGUCGCAGUGGUUGCUCCCAUGAGCCGGGCCACCAGUGGUUCCAGUUUACCAAUUGGCAUCAACAAACAAGACUACGACUUGGACUUUCUGCAGCGGCGACUGUCAGGCGGCAGCCACUCCUACGGCGAAGAGUCUCCACGACUGUCACCCUGCAACAGCAUUGGCAAGCUGAGCAAGUCGGACGAGCAGCUGUCUUCGCUGGAGCACGACAGUGGGCAGUGCUCGCGCAACACCAGCUGCGAAACCCUCGAUAACGCAGAAAGCUACGACCCAGACUACGACUUCCUUCAUCAAGACCUCUCGAACACUGACCAAAUGCCACAGAUUGUCCUGGGUGCUCUGUUAAGCCCACUGCCAGAAUGCAUGGGAGAGACCCCCAGCCCAUACGCGGGCCAGUCUUACGUGUCGCCCUUCUACUGGCAGUCGCCUGGCCCCGGACCCCAGCCAGCGGCAUCAGCAGAAACUCCACCUGCCCUCCCUCAGAAGAAGCGGCGCAGUGCCUCCACCCAGGCCUCGUCGCAGUGCGAUGGGACGGGGUCCCGGGUAUCGUACGAGCGGGUCCCCUCGCAGUACGACAACAUCACCGAGGACGACGUUCAGCCUGUGCCGCCCUUUCCUGUCUUCCCGACCGUCUCGCCUUUGCCCCCGAGCUCUCCUGCUCCCUUUCCCACGGAGUUUACCACCUCGGAGACGGCCCACGUACCCCAGAGCCCGCCACCACUGCCGGAGAAGAAGGCCCGACACAUCUUGAAGUACAUGCAGUUUGUGGAGGACUACUCGGAGCCGCAGCCCUCCGUCUUCUACCAGACGCCGCAGAGCGAGAGCAUCUAUGAGCAGCGCAACAAGCGUUUCCAGGAGGUGUACGGCUUCAACGACUCCUUCAGCAGCACCGACUCGGUCCAUGAGCCGCUCCCUCCGCCGGCGCUGCCACCCAAACAGAGACAGCUGGCCUCCUAUACUGCUUCAUCCUCCUCUUCUUCCUCCUCCACCUCUCUGUCGUGUCCCGCUCAGACAUCCCAAGCUGCUGUCCUGACAGAGGAUGCCCACUCUGCUCUCAGCAUGUCCGUCUCUAACUCCUUCCUGAGCCGCCACAGCUCCUUCACCGCUCCCCUGAGCGAGAGCGCUACGGACGAAGGCGGCGAGGGUGAAUACGUCAAUCUGUAUUCGGCCAGUCAAGCCAACGGAGAGCUUCCUCACUCCAAAGGAGAGCCCACCGCACUCACCGACGAUGGUCUUCAUGACUCUGCUCCAUCAAAGUCCUUGACCAACCACAAGGAAGGCGCCGAGCACGACAGCACUCGGAGGCAGACGUCCAUGGACUCUGGGCAGAGCGAUGAAGAAGUAGACGAGUUGUCCCUCACCGAUCACAAGGAGAUCAUGGCAAGGAUUACGCUAAAGCAGGAGAACGACGACGGGCCGGAUGUGCGCGCCGGGUCAGGAGACAUCCUGCUGGUCCACGCCACCCAGACGGACCGUAAAGACCUGGUGCUGUACUGUGAAGCCUUCCUCACAACUUACCGGACGUUCAUUACGCCCGAGGAGCUGAUUCUGAAGUUGCACCAGCGAUACACCAAGUUCUGCCACAGCUCAGACACCUUCAAGAAGCGCGUCAGUAAGAACACGUUCUUUGUGCUCGUCCGAGUCGUCGAUGAGCUCUGCUUGGUGGAACUGACCGAUGGCAUCCUGCGACUGCUCAUGACGCUGGUCUUCCAGCUGCUGUGUAACGGUGAGCUGAGUCUCGCCAGGGUCCUGCAGAACAUCCUGGAUAAAAUGGAUCAGAAGAAGCAGCUGAGGUACACCAACUCCCUGAAGCCCCUGUCGGCACGAGUUUUGUGUUGCAGGCCUGGCACGCUACACGACUUCCGAAGCCACGAGAUCGCAGAUCAGCUGACCUUGCUGGACGCAGAGCUCUUCUACAAGAUCGAGAUUCCGGAGGUCUUACUUUGGGCUAAGGAGCAAAACGAAGAGAAGAGUCCCAAUCUGACGCAGUUCACGGAGCACUUUAAUAACAUGUCCUACUGGGUCCGCUCGAUUAUCAUUCAGCAGGAGAAGGCCCAGGACAGAGAGAAGCUGUUACUCAAGUUCAUCAAGAUCAUGAAGCACUUACGGAAGCUCAACAAUUUCAACUCCUACUUGGCCAUACUGUCCGCCUUGGACUCGGCGCCCAUCCGCAGGCUCGAAUGGCAGAAGCAGACCUCCGAGGGCCUGGAGGAGUACUGCACCCUCAUCGACAGCUCGUCUUCAUUCCGUGCCUACCGGGCGGCGCUGGCCGAGGUGGAGCCGCCGUGCAUCCCGUACCUAGGUCUCAUCCUGCAGGACUUGACGUUUGUCCACUUGGGGAACCCCGACUUCAUUGACGGGAAGGUGAACUUCUCCAAACGGUGGCAGCAGUUCAACAUCUUGGACAGCAUGAGGCGCUUUCAGCAAACGCGUUACGAACUGAAGCACAACGAAGACAUCGUGUCCUUCUUCAACGACUUCAGUGACCACCUCGCCGAGGAGGCCCUCUGGGAACUCUCAUUAAAGAUCAAACCGCGCAACAUCCCGAGGCGCAAGACGGAGCGCGAGGAGAAGACCUAGCUGGGCGGGGGAGGGCGAAACCGAAUUCGAUGGCAGCUACGAGAUUCCAACCUCCUCUUUUUUUUUUUUGUGCUUUUUUGUUUUCUUUUUACUUUUUGUUUCAAAAUGGCACCCGAGACUUGGAAGUGGGAGGAGUCUCCGCUUUGAACCCGGGCCCGGCGUCAUGCUGCUGCUCCGGUUCUCUCCCGCCUCGCACGCUUGCCCCCUUCAGCGGGGUCCUGAACUCGAGUACGAGGCGACGCUCAGAGACUUGCGGUGGACUGGAACCCCCCUUUGUUUAUAUUUUUUUUUUCUUUUUUUGCGGAUAUUUUAAAUUAUUUUUUAUUGUUUGUCGCUGAUGGGGGACUCGGUGUGACGUUUGGCUCACCUGACCCUUGACCCUCUGAAGCGGAUGUGCCAUAUUGGUGAGGGGGUCGGCGCGUCUCCAUACCCCCACGUCGAGUGCGUAGUGCCUUUCAUUUGUACCUCGGACCGCCAUUGGAGUUCACGGCGGAGCAGCUGAGGCGGCCGGCCCACCCACCCAGAUGCCCCGGAGACCACCGGUCUCUCCAUCAGCAAUAAUGGAUUACUGCUCCGGGGCCCCUUCUCGUUUUAGGCAUCUUUGCACAAGAGACGCUGGCCAAGUCGGUGGGCGGCAGAGACGACUUGCUGCUGCUGCGGCUGCUUCUUCUUCUUCUUUUUCCUUCCUCCGUUUCUUUGGACAUUAAGAGCACUCGGACUAUGCAGGUGAAAACCAAAUGUCUGUGGAAGGCGACAUGAGCAGGUGGGGACCACGCGUGGCUUGGGGCGGACGUUACUUUGAGCUCUCGUGGGCCCAACUGGCCGCCCUCCAUUACUGCAGUGGAGACCCAAAGGGACACUGAGGGGGCCGCCAGCACCGCUGACUUGUCGUGUGUAUAUUUGUGUAUACUUGUCACUUGCCCGCUCGCGCUCUCUCUUUAUAAAGGGACUGCUGUGUCCCCAAAAGAACAAACAGUCAAAGGGGGGGGGGGGGUUCUGCAUAUGCGUUUAGUGCUUACAUUUGGAAUCCUCGAUUUCUGGGUAGGCCUACGAUAGCAGAAAAGGGCUAAACGGCGAGUCCAGUUUCAUACAAUGGGACGAUCCCAGGACCAGAUGGACCUCCACCCGGUCAGCCCCCCCGGUCACACUCGAAGACUCCUGGGUGUCUUCAUCUCUUCUGUUACAGUCCGCCAGCUCAAACCCGAUGUCACAGGGGGGAGCGGGAGGGCCAGGUCAGGUGGCAGGUGGGCUGCCCAGAAGGUGUGGAGAAGGUGGAAUGUGCCUACCAAAAAGGGCAAACUUGACAACUGGAUUCAUGUGACAUUUGUCAUUAUUUUGGUGUCACCUCACAUGUGACGUUCCCACCCAUCCUCAAACAAGCUGCUUAUUUUUGUAAUGAACUGCUGGGGUGGUCCUGUGGUGUGACACUGCACGGCCACCCUCAACUCUUACUGUAAUCAGAUCCACGACCCCCCCGCCUCAGUGUAUGUUACUUUUGUAUUUAAAAAUUGAAAUAAAGUCCUUUAACAUUCUCAUGUUUACAGUGCAUGCAGCUGACUGCAAAUUAAAGUGACAAUCGAACUGAAA